AUGCCGGUUCUGAACAAUGUCGCCAACCUGGGCCUUAUUCUUUUUCUCUUCUUGAUCGCUUUGGAGUUGGAUGUCCGCCUCUUCACCCAAAAUUGGCGUAUAGCUUUGAGCGUUGGCCUCGCUGGCAUGAUCCUGCCGUUUGGACUCGGAGUGGCCAUCGCCUACGGCGUCUAUCACCAGUUUCCUAGUGCGAACACACUUAACUUCGGUGUCUUCGCACUCUUCGUCGGUACCGCCUUGGCUAUCACUGCUUUCCCAGUCCUUUGCCGAAUCCUGUCGGAGCUUCGGCUCCUUGGUUCCUCUGUCGGUGUCACCGUGCUUGCGGCGGGUGUGGGCAACGACGUUGUUGGGUGGAUUCUUCUUGCCUUAUGUGUUGCUCUUGUCAACAACGCUUCUGGACUGACUGCAUUGUGGGUGCUUCUGGUUGCUGUGGGCUGGGUGUUGUUCCUAGUUUUCGCAGUCAGACCAGCCUUCCACUGGGUUCUGAGAAGGACCGGAAGUAUUCAGAAUGGCCCGACCCAGGGAGUGGUGGCGCUCACUCUCCUCCUUGUUCUCACUUCUGCAUGGUUCACAAGUAUCAUUGGCGUCCAUGCCAUCUUCGGUGGUUUCUUGGUUGGGCUCAUUUGCCCUCAUGACGGUGGAUUUGCCAUCAAACUAACCGAGAAGAUCGAGGAUCUCAUUACCGUUCUGUUUCUUCCCCUCUACUUUGCCCUUUCUGGCCUGAACACAAAUCUGGGUCUUUUGAACGACGGAAUCACCUGGGGAUAUGUUAUUGCCAUCAUCGUUAUUGCAUUCGCUGGAAAGAUCGGCGGCGGUACACUGGCUGCCAGAUCCAUGAAGCUUGUGUGGCGGGAAAGUUUGACAAUUGGUGUGCUGAUGAGUUGUAAAGGUCUGGUCGAGUUGAUUGUUUUAAACAUCGGACUAGAGGCUGGCAUUCUCACGCAGAAGACCUUUACAAUGUUCGUCGUCAUGGCUCUCGUCACUACCUUUGCUACGACUCCCAUCGUCAAAGGUCUCUAUCCUCCAUGGUACCAAAAGAAGAUUGAAGCUUGGAAACGUGGCGAAAUCGAUUGGGAUGGAAAGCCACUGACUCCUGAGACAUCCUCGCAGCUCGGAGCCAAGCUUGAUGAUACUAAAAUCCGUCGCCUUCUGGUCUAUCUGCGCCUCGACAGUCUCCCCAGCCUGUUCACUUUCGUGUCAUUGCUUGGAGGUGACGUGCAGGACCUCAGGGAUUCCCCCGAUACUGCCCAAGAUGCUGACGCUGAUAAUACCCCGGUGAUCAGAAGACGACCGUUGGAGGUUCACGCUCUACGAAUAGUUGAGCUUACGGAGCGUACCUCCUCUGUUAUGAAAGUCACCGAAUCCGAGGAAUUCUCACGCAGAGAUCCUGUUGUGAACGCCUUCAAGACCUUUUCGCAAUUAAAUGAUGUGGCUGUUUCCUCGAGUGUCGUGGUGGCACCGGAGGAUGCCUAUGCGCAGACUGUUGUCAACAAAGCAUCUGAUCAAUCCUCGGAUUUUGUUCUCAUUCCUUGGAGCGAGGGUGGCAGCAAUACCCUGGACCAGGCUAUUCCUUUCAACGUAUCAUCCGAAGAUCGCUUCUCCGGAGGGUCGCAUCUUGAUUUUAUUCAGAACACGUUAUCGAAAGCAGUCUGCAACACGGGCAUUUUCAUUGGCAAUGGCUUCAGUGGCAUUGCGCCAGUAGAGAAAACCCAACCUACACUCGUUCGAAGCAAGAGCGGCAUGUCGCUACGCAGCGCCAGAGAGGCAGCACUCCCACCGGUCACUGACAAGUCACACCACGUCUUCUUGCCUUUUAUCGGUGGUGAAGACGACCGCGCCGCGCUUCGCUUUGUGCUACAGCUUGCAAAGAGCCCCCUCGUGACAGUCAAUAUCGCGCAUCUGAACUGGACACUUGAGGAUGAAGAUGAGAUUGUCACCACCGCCGGCCAAGGCUCAGUUGCCGAGGCCAAGGAAAACAUCAGGACCGAGAUUACCGCCCAAGACUCUUCCUUACUAGCCUCGAUUCAGUCUACGCUCCCUGCAAGCCUUGCCAGCCGCAUCAACAUCUUUGAAGUCUCCGUGUCUUCUAAAUCUGCAAUAACCCAAGCAGUUGAACUCGCGAAGACAAAUACUGGGCAGAACCCGCGUAACGCAGGUGAUAUCAUUGUAACUGGUCGUCGGCACUCUAAGUUCUCUAGAACUACUGUUGAAGGUGAUAUAAGUAAGACUAUUGGUGUUCUUGGUGGUAAGUUCACCUCGAGUGGAUUGAAGGCCAGCCUUCUGGUGAUUCAGGCAGCUGCUGUGGGAGAUGAACUUGCUUCGUAUGCAUGA